UAGAUCGUAUUAUAUGAAUUGGUAGUUGUGAAGAGUCUGAUGGCAAAGCAGCAAUGAUGUCGAUCAAUUUGGUUUGGCUGUGUUCCCUACUGGUGUUGUUGGGUUACAAAUGGACCGAUGCUACAGAUCUAUCUCAAUGCAUGUCGGCACUCGGCAUGCAGUCCGGAAUGAUAAAGGAUGAAGAUUUAACCGCUAGUUCUUCUUUCGAAAUUGGAAAUGUUGGACCGCAGAACGCCAGGGUACGCACAGAAAGAGAAGGGGGUGCUUGGUGUCCAAAAGAGCCGGUCACUAGGGAACCCACUGAAUGGCUUGAAGUCAAUUUACACGUGGUAAGAGUGAUCACGUCUGUGGAGACUCAAGGCAGGUUUGGCAAUGGACAAGGUCAAGAGUUCACUGAAGCGUUUCUGAUUGACUACUGGAGACCAAAGCUUGGAAAAUGGGUCCGAUACAGAAACAUCACUGGACACGAGAUACUGAUCGGCAACAUCAACACGUACUUAGAACACAAACAAGAACUGAAUCCUCCGAUUUGGGCGUCGAAAAUUAGAUUCUUGCCGCACAGCUACCACACCCGACAGGUGUGCAUGCGAGUCGAGCUCUACGGAUGCCCGUGGACAGAUGGCAUUCUUAGUUACUCGAUGCCGCAAGGUGAUAAACGCAGCCCGGAAUGGGAGUUCUAUGAUUCCACGUACGACGGAUAUUGGGACGACGAAUUGCAAAGAGGUCUUGGACAACUGACCGAUGGCAAAGUUGGUCAAGAUAAUUUUAGAAUGGGAUACUAUGACACCGAAAGAGGUCAAGGAUGGGUUGGUUGGAGAAAUGAUACGAGGAAUGGUCAAGCGAUCGAGAUCAAAUUUGAAUUCGACAAGGUCCGAGAGUUCACCGGGGUUCAUAUAUAUUGUAACAAUCAAUUUCAAAAAGAAGUACAGGUGUUCUCCGAAGCGAGCAUUUUAUUCAGCGUAGGAGGAAAAGUUUACUCGUCGGAACCGUUGACAUACACGUACAUGGAAGACAGAAUAUUUGAAUCGUCCAGGAAUGUCAGCAUCAAAUUGCACAGGAGAGUCGGUCGUUUCAUUAAACUUAGACUGUCUUUUGCCGCCAAGUGGAUUAUGAUCAGCGAAAUAACAUUCGAUUCUGAUGUCGCACAAGGUAAUUUCUCCGAAGAAAGUGUUGUACCGCCAGAGCCGCCUAUUCAAAGGAACGGUUCUACAAUGAAAGAUCAUCAGGAUCCUCUGAGACCGGAACUUCCAAUCCCUACUGCCAAAGACGAGGACCAGACGUACAUGGCGGUCAUUAUCGGCGUGCUGAUGGCCGUCAUCAUACUACUGGCGGUCGCCAUUUUCCUGAUCGUGUCCCGACACCGGAGGAGGAAGUGCUUCGCCAGUCCGUUGGUAGGCAAAAGCGCGCUAGCCACGGGCAACGGGUGUCCAGGAAUGUCGUCCGGUAGCAGCUGCGGCACGGGCGGCAGUUAUAAGGAAGCCGGCACGGGCAGCUCGGCCAGCCACCACGGCGGCACCGGCCACGGACAUCCGACCGGCACCGUCAACGCUCACCUACACGACAUGGACAGGCUAAUCCAACUGGACGCUGAGCCAUACCAAGAGCCUUAUCACGCACAUACGCCGUUCUACAGUUACAGUACUGUAGUAGUUGGCCGCAACGUGGAUUCAGGCAACUCAGCGUACGAAUACGCCGUGCCCGAGACCGGAACCAUGCCAUUACUCACCACUUCGCCACCGCCACCACCGCCACCGUCAGCUCCUCCUAUAGCUCCUGUCACGACCGACACGUUUGCCAGGAACAAAAUGUAUCCAACAGACGAAAGCAGAAGUAGUAAAAAAUCUUCGCAAAAACAAGAAUCUCAAACCGCAUUGAAACGCCGGCUCGAACAAACGCCUGUGCCCGAAUUCCCACGGCACCGUCUGCGUAUGUUGUCCAAACUCAGUGAGGGUAAUUACGGAGCGAUUUAUGUGGCCGAAGCGGACGGUAUAAAUGAAUACAACUCAAAAAUAACGCUGGGUAAGCGACUGGUGGCCGUAAAAUUUUUCUCACCCGCGUUAUCGGAAAAAGAAAGAGCUGAAUUACAAAAUGAUGUGAGGAUUUUGGCCGGUCUAGAAGAUCAAAACAUCGCCAGAGUGUUGGGCGUGUGUACCUCCGAACAGCCACUAUGCGUAGUCAUGGAGUAUAGCGAGCACGGCGACCUCAAUCAGUUCCUUAAAACACACGUACCCGUCGAAGCUGCUCGGAACCUGCCGCCCACUGUGAAAACCCUCAGUUUCCAAUGUCUGCUGUAUCUCGCAACACAAAUAGCGUCUGGAAUGCGUUACUUGGAAUCAUUGAACUUCGUCCACCGUGAUUUGGCUACCAGAAACUGCUUAGUGGGAAAAGCGUACAAGGUAAAAAUUAGCGAUUUCGGCACCGACAACGAAGCGUAUUCGGCAGAUUACUACAAACUGGACGGCAACCUCGGGCUUCCCGUUCGAUGGAUGUCGUGGGAAUCGGCGUUCUUGGACAAGUACUCGACGAAGAGUGACGUAUGGUCGUUUGCCGUGACCCUCUGGGAGAUCCUGCACCUGGCCAAGUCGCGGCCGUACGAAGGGUUCUCCGACCACCGGGUGGUCGAGAACCUGUCGCACAUGCACGUGGACGACGGCCUGUUCGAGUACCCGCCCCGGCCCGCGUGCAGCCGGGACAUCUACGACCUGAUGCGCGAGUGCUGGAAGCGGCAGGAGUCGGACCGACCCACGUUCCGGGAGAUCCACCUGUUUCUGCAGCGCAAGAACCUCGGCUACGCGCCCGCUGCCGCCGCGUCAUGACGGUCCAGCGGUGGCGACGGCAGUCGGCGCGAAGGAUGGCCGUUCGUGCUCCGGCAAAACGCGUCCUAUCUGCCCGGAUGCGACGCAGACUGAACGACGCCGAGAAACCCGACGACGGAUCGCGGCUGCCGUGGUGACGUUGGCGACGUGGGUGGACGACUCCUCUCUCCGGGGACGCUCGCCCGCGGCGUCUGACAAUUUACUGUUUCGACAAUCUCUCAUUUUGGCGCGCGGGUUUUAUAGGAUAUAUAAUAGCUCGUGUGCGUCGUUUGUUUGUUUAUUAAAAUAAUACUGUUUGUUUUUAUCUUUUAUCUAUCUGUUCAUUAACUGACGUCUCUGUAAAAUGAUAAUUAGACAUCGUAAUCGUAAUACAUAUUAUAUUAACGAGUCUCGACACCUUACCAUCUCAUAUAAUACCUAUCGCAUACCCCUAUCGCCCCGCGUAUUAGUAAUCUACCGGACCGUUCUUGGUCGACGUAAACUACUCGGUAGGGUCGCGUGCCUAGUUCGUACGGUAUCUGUUUUUUGUUACCGUGUACAUACAAACCAACGUUAAAAUUAUUUAUAAAUAUUGUAAAUUGUAAACGCUAUGUAUAAUAUUAAUAUAGACUGAUAGGAAAAUAGGCAAUAUCCACCGUACGAAUAUCGCGCCCGACGUUUUCUUUUAACCGCCAUCGUUCAAUCAACGGCAUUGCGCGCAAAUAUACGUAUAACCAUAUUAAGUGUAUCGUAUUAUAAUAAUAUAAUAUUUAACAGUAAACACGAGCUUGAGCGGGCGUUAUCAUUUUUAUAUAACUGCACUGUUGCUUGUUAUUUUAGAAUCUUCUCGUCGUGAUUAGAAUGUCUCUGUUAUACAUUAAACGUUUUUGUGUAAAACGCUGAUAAUCGAAUGAAUUAACAUAUCUGCUAUUUCCGUUUUAAUCGCUUAUAUUAUAUUUAUUAUGGCGAUUCUAGUGGAGAUGUAGUUUAUAUAUAUAUAUAUAAAAUUUUUGGACGGUUGAUUUUGUCUCUCGUCCUUCGCAGCUCCUCUCAUCAAUCGCUCGAUGUUAUCCUCAAAUGUUCAGACAACCGUCGAAAAUACAUAUAAUAAUCGCAAUAAUGUACUACCUAAGUUGUUAAGAGAUUUAAAUCAUUACAUUAUAAUAUUGUACAUAUAGAAUCAUUAUAAAUAUUAAUAAUAUAUAAUAACUAGUCAAGCCUUUUUAUAUUUUUUUUUUUUUUUUUACUCAAGACGAAUAAUGUGU